CAGCAAAGAUGCUCCAUGCCAACUCUCUGUGGGACAACUUUUCCAAGCGACAACUCAAGGCCAGAGCAGGGAGGUGGAAGUUUGAGACGAUCCGUGGGAGUCUGUGAAUUCUGCCAUCUCUCCUGGACUUUAACCGACCGAUGUGGCUGCUCGGGUCUACCUCCAAAAUGAUGAUGAUGAUGAUGGAUGAGCGCAUCUCUCCGUCCGCGCGCGCAGGGCAGAGCCCGGGGAGCAACCCGUCCACCGUCCACAGCAUCGAGGCCAUCCUGGGCUUCAAGGAGGACACCAUCUUCCACAAGUCGGCCCCUUACGCCGAGACGCAAAAAGACGCGGAGCGCAGCGGGGAUGUUGCUGUAACCCAGAGGAAGAAAAGUCACUACGCAGACAGUUGUGACAGUGUCUGCAGCGGGGAAGCCUCCGCAGGCCCAGACUCACCGGAGAGAGACGGCAAGCUGUCCGACGACGAGAACCAGAAGAAGAAGCACCGCCGGAACCGAACCACCUUCACCACCUUUCAGCUCCACGAACUGGAGCGGGCCUUCGAGAAGUCCCACUACCCGGACGUGUACAGCAGAGAGGAGCUGGCGCUAAAGGUCAACCUGCCGGAGGUCCGAGUGCAGGUGUGGUUCCAAAACCGGCGAGCCAAGUGGCGUCGCCAGGAGAAGCUGGAGGUCAGCGCCAUCAAGCUGCAGGACACCCCUUCCCCCUCUCUCCUGUCUUUUGGUCGACCGACCACCGGCUCCCUGGGCUCGGGGCUCCCGUUGGAGCCCUGGCUCUCCACCCCUAUUACAUCUUCCGCCUCCCUUCAGUCGCUGCCAGGCUUCAUCAACGGCUCGCAGAGCCUCCCGGGCGCGUACGCUCCCUCUCCUCCCCCAUCGAUGCCUCCUUCCUUGCCAGCGUCUAUAUUCAACUCCCCAGCCCUGGGACACAGCCCUCACCUGCCUCACAUCAGCUCUAUGUGUCCCCCGCCACCCACAUACCAGUGCUCAGCCAACCCAAGGAACUCCAGCAUAGCCUCACUGAGGAUGAAAGCCAAGGAGCACAUUCAGUCUAUUGGGAAGACGUGGUGAUCCAAGCUGAAGGGUUAAAAUGGACAUGACAAUCCAGAGGACAGUGGUUUGAACAGAUUUUAUUCUCCUGCUGAUUGGAUUGUCAAUUGUUGGACACUUGGACAUCCCAAAAAAAGAAAUAAUAACUGUUAUAAUCCUCAUCACUGAUAGACAACUUCCUGGAAAACUGUAAAAAAAAAAAUGAAACUACAGUAUAAAAAAAGUGGCAUGAAUGUGCUUUCCUUCUCAUUUAUUGUUAGAAAACUGUGAAGUAUUGUUUUAUUUUAACCUUGUCUCAUUUCGGAAAAUGCUUAGUUAUCAAUCCCUCUCCGCUGGUAUUUGUACAAUUUUUUAAAUUCUUGCAAUGGCAACACAAGCAUAUCUAUUUUUGCUGGUCAUUCACAGUGUUUUUGAUAAGGAGUGUAAACAAAUGUAAUAUAUAUAUAUAUUUUUGUCUGUACAAUAAACUCUCACAAAAUACAAAAAUAUUUUUUCCAAAUGCAAAAAAACUGAUUUAAGAUAUUUGACACAGUUAAAUCUUAUGUAAUUUCAAAAAAAAGAAAAAGAAAAAAAUAUAUAUUUUAUAUCAGGACUUACUUUAGAGCAACAAAAAAUUAGAAAAAUAUCUAUUGGAUGAAUUGUCUAAUAUUAUCUAGAAAGAUGACAUGUACACAUGUACAAAUCAGAUUGGGCUUUUUUACACGAGUAGCUGGAAAUAUUGAAUGUAGUGCCCUCUAGUGGCGGAAAGCUGCCUUGUCAGUUUUCUUUUCAGAAAAAGGCAGUUUAUCUGACAUUGGAAUAUAAAAAAUUAAAUAAUGGGAACGAUUUUAAACUUUUCGGUUUUUUUCUCUCUGUUAUUUUAUGAUUGGAAAAUUUUCUAUGAAUUGUCUAAUAUGUCAAAACCAUUUUGUAUAUUUAAAAAGAAACUAAAUGACACACGGCGGUGUAUGGGCUUAAACCCCCUAACUUUCUCUGUGUGUCAGAGAAUGAGUCCCAUCAGCCAGUCUAUUUCCUCCUCAUUACUAAACUGUGUCUCUCCUGGGAUUAGACUCCUAAUAGCAGUGAAAGUGGCUCACUCUUCAAUUGUUCACCAAUCAUCCGUGACAAAUCACUAAAGAGAAGGAGGAAGAGAAAAAUGUGUCUGUGGCAUUAAAAGAGCCAUUUGUUUAGCUAAACUGUUGCAAUUAGUGUUUCCCUUUGUUCACUUAAAUCCCCUAGGAGCUAAAAAUAAUACUGCUGGUCCUCCAUUCAUCUAUUCACAAAUAGAAACACCCCGGGGUGUUUAUUUGUUUGUUUAUUUAGUGCUUUUUACCUCAUGCAGAGUCUUCACCUAACCAUACAACACUCGAAUGGGUCCUUUUACACUAAUAAUGUUAAUAUGGUUAUGUUUGACGCUUUAUGCGACACUUUGCAAAA